UGUUUUUCGAUUUCAGCGGCGAUACUUCAAAACAUCGGAAAAUUUGUCGCGUAUUCUGAAAAUAUUUCAAGCGAAUCAUAACCAUGAAAAUGCAAAGUGUGAAAACAAGUGCAAUAGUACAAAAAUACAAAUAUUAAAUAUUGUGAAAUAAAUAUUUUUAAAAGUUCGUUCUAACAAGUUCGUUCAAGACAACAAAGAUUUUAAAACCGAAAAUCCACCAAUAUGUUCCACUUAAUAACGCUUAGCAACACUCUACAAUUGAUGUGCUUCUUUGGUGUCGCUAUAGCCGGUUAUAUGGAAGAGAAAUAUUCGGCAUCAGUGAUAGAAGAUAGUGCUUUGGAUAUGUUGGGACUCACACGAAAGUAUCACUACCCUUUGGAAAGUCACUUUGUCACUACCGAGGACAAGUAUAUUUUGCGUCUAUUUCGUUUGCCGCGUCCGAAGGCGCGACCCGUUUUUCUAAUGCAUGGUCUUUUAGAUAGCUCAAUUACUUGGCUGCUAAGUGGGCCGUGGGCGGCUCUCGGUUACUAUCUGUACGAUCUGGGUUACGAUGUGUGGAUGGGCAACGCACGUGGCAAUUUCUAUUCUCGCAACCAUACAACGUAUAAUCCGGAUAUCGACAAGUCAUUUUGGCGAUUCAGUUGGCAUGAAAUUGGCUUUUAUGAUUUGCCUGCCUCGAUAGAUUAUGUUUUGAAUAAGACGGGCUAUGAUAAAAUGGCAUAUUUCGGUCAUUCGCAGGUCAGUUUUCAGUUAAAAUAUUGGCUCCUCUUACUUUUCUAUCUAAACAAGCAAAUCACUUACGAAACAUCGUCAAAAAAAUUUCGACGUUCGAACGACCAUAUAGAUGCUUAUUGCUGUCACCACUGUCCAUUACGGCUCUGUUCAACGGAAAAUCUCAAGCGCUACAAUAGCUCUCAGCCAAAAGACUAUCCCAUCAAAAACAUUACGGCGCCGGUCGCGCUUUAUUAUACCUCCAAUGAUAAUCUUAGCAGCUACAAAGAUGUGAUGCAUCUGUCCAAAGAGCUACCAAAUGUUGUGGAAAAUCACCUUUAUCCAUAUAAGAAGUGGAAUCAUAUGACGAUGAUAUGGGGUUUGGAAGCACGCGAAUUGACUCAUAAAAAUAUGGUAGAGUUAAUGAAGAAAUACGAACCAGAAUCCAAGUGACGAAUU